AUGAAUUCUAUUGAUGAUAAUAGUACUCAAUCAAUUGAUUUAGAAAAUAAUAAACAAGAAAAUUCAUUAGGAUAUGAUCGAUUACAAAAUAAUUCAAUUAAUAGUCGAACUAUUGAAUUUGUUGUUUACAAAGAAAAAUUAAAACAAUUAUUAUCAUCAAAAUAUUCAUCAAAUUUAAUUCAUCUUAUAAUAUGUGUACAUGGUUUAAAUGGUAAAUCUGUUUUUCUUAUGUCAUCAUCAAAUCAUUCAACAACAUUAGAUGAUAUUGAUGUUAUGGUUAAACAACUUAUUGAAGAAAUUGAUAUACAUAUUGAACGUUAUGGAUUAAAACCACAACGUAUUAGUUUUAUUGACCAUUACUUUGUUGAUCAAGAUAACAUACAAUCAUCACCAAUACUUAAAUCUCAUACUAAUCAAUCAUUUGGUCUAUUUCCCAAUCAAUCUGAUUCAGAUUUAAAUAAUAUUAACUAUAAUAAAUUCAAUUCUUCAUAUUUAUCAACACCAAUAACUGAUGUUAUUUAUGAUGAUAAUUUAACUGAUAUAUUAUUUAAUGUAUUUAUGAAAUUAUUUUCAGAUAAAUUAAAUCUUUAUUCAAUUUAUAUAACAAUUGAAGAACGAAAUUCAACAUUUAGUCUUGAAAUAUUUAAUCCAAAUAUUAAUUUACCAAUUCAAGUAAAAGCUCAAACACAAACAAAUCUUGAAAAUUUAAUUAUGAAAAAUAUUAUACCACAAGUUAUUGAAUUUAGUGAAUUAUUAACAUAUUUUAAUUUAAACGAAUAUGAUGGUUUAGCUAAUGUUACUAAUGCUGAACAAUUAAAAUUUUCUUUAGGUGAACAACGAAUAUUAACUUUUUAA